AUGUCGUCCAAGCUGCGUUUCCCGCUGCCAAAAAACUACUUCGGUCACAUCGAGGUCACGGCUGCGCAGAAGCUUGAGUAUCGCGAUGUGGUGCAGCGCAGACUCAACGAGCUGCUGGACGACGAGCAGCACUACAAUGAGCGCAAAGCCAAUAAAUUGCCGUGCCUGCCACCCGCAGACUGGAAGUACGUGCGGUCGCUCGAGGAUAUAAAAAUCUACAGACGUAGACGGCGAGGACGGUCACUUGAGGAAAUCGCAAAGCACGAGGACAUCCCCGAGGCCAGACAAGCGGUAGCGAACGGCCAGCCAAGUAUCGUAGCGACGGGAAAUAUUGCCGGCACGGUAGAGAAUCUGCUCUACGGGUUAGCCGACACGAACUACGAGGAGAUGCGCACCACGACGUCCUUCCUGGAUGUCGACACGGAUUCCGCGGUUCUGCGCGUUUUCGAGUUGGCAACCGCGGACGACCCGCUGCAUUUCUUCGGCCUCAAGUGGCUCUACAGCUCGUCCGCUCCAUUUAUCGAGCCGCGGGAUGUCUGCUUUCUAGAAGCCAUGGGGGUGCAGAAAGACGCCAAUGACGAGAUGUACGGCUACCUGGUGCUGCACUCGGUUGAGUUGCCCGAAUGCCCGCCGUUGGAGGCGAACGUUGUGCGUGGCAGGCUAUUCUUCUCGUGUAUAUUCCGAGACGCCGCGCCCGGGGUCGUUGACGUGGUGCUGCGAGGCGUGUUCGACACUUGCGGAGAGCUACGGAGACUGUCGAUGCCGUACGCGUCUCUCAUGCCGUACGCCACCACCGCGUUCGUCGGAAGCCUUAGUAAAGCUGUGCGUUGUGCUGAAGCCAAAAAAAUGACGCUACUUGCACGCUACAAUGCUAUCUCCGGCAAGAAUCGCGAUGCGCUGAAUGUGGACGAGGAGAAUCCAAGUCACGGCUUGUGCUCCGUGUGUAUUAGGCGCGUUAGAACGGGCAUGUUCUCAUGUCUUCGACUCCGUUGGUGUCGGAUCUGUGGCAUCGCUGUCUACUUCAGUUGCUGCGUGAAAGGCAAGCGCGUGUUUCUAGGCAACUUAAGACCGCAUUCGGCUUGUGUUUGCUGUCCAAACUGCGCGCAGGAGGCGCGACAGAUGACGGGGAUGCGACCAAUCGAGCCCGACAUCAUGGAGCUGAGCGACGACGACAACACGGACAAGUAUCGCCUCACCUCGACCUCCGACGAUGCUGAAGGGAACUGGGGGCUCUUCGAGUCAAUGGCAAUGAAGGAAUCGUUUUCGGGUACGCGGAUCUCGGUGAGCGAACCGAAGGUGGCGUUUCCAUUGCCCACGGGAUAUUUCGCCGACGCUCAGGGAGUCCCUCAACCUGGUGCGUCAGCUAUUGCAAGCAGCUCUGUCGGAUGA